AUGACAUGUACACAAAUAACUGAACUUGAAUCAGAAGUUCGAACAUUCAAUAAAGAUAUAUUAGUAAAAGAAAUCUUUAUUUUUCAGUUGAAUGAAUUAUCAGCAACAAUUAAUGCAGUUGAAGUAAAUAAUAAGUCUAUGUUUUCAAAAAUGAUAAAGGACUAUGAUGACUUGCAUAGAAAAUACGUUGAUAUCAAAACAGAAUAUAACAAGCACACAUCAGUUAUUGAAUGUAUUGAAAAUGAACUUCAAAUAUCAUAUUUAACACAAAGGGAACUCGAAAGAACCUUAGGAAAACAAGAUGAAGAGUCUGAAAAUUUAAAACGAGAAUUGAUGUGUAUACAACAUAAAUUAGAUGAAGCGAAACGUUUAAAAGACGAUCUUAACUAUAAAAACUUCAGUCAAAAUCUGAAAUACUGGCGAAAAAUUGCUGAGUGUGAUCAUAUUAAACAGCAGUCUAAUAGCCAAUGUGAAGAGAUUUCUGAGAAAAGUUAUCAAGUGUGCGAGACAAAAUCUCGAAUUAAAUUGGUAAGCGAAAAUUUACUACGGUUAGAGCAACAAGUGACUGUAAAUAAACUAUACAAAACCAGUGAAAUAGAAACUUUAAAGGAAAGGAAUUCUCUAAUGUUGUUAAGAAUUAUGGAUCUUCAACGUUUGUUAUUAGAUAACAAAAUACAAAUAGAAACGUGUAUGAAGAAACUUGGCAAAUCAAACGCAAACAUAGAAUUGUUGAAAAAUACGAUGAAACAUGAAACGACAAAUGAUUCAAAGCUGAUCGAAAUGAACCAAACAUUCGUAAACGAAGCAAAUGCAAACAAAAAAGAAAUGCAUGAAAUAUACGUUUGCCAAAAUGAUGAACUUAAUGAACAAAAUUCCAAAGCUGAAACUUUAAAGGGUAAAUUGAAAAAAUUUUCUUGCGAACAGCAAUGUCGUGUCAAAGAUUUGAACGUUGAAAAUGAAAAAAGGUUCAACGAGUUGGAAAAAGUUUUACAAGAUGGGCAAAUCCUCGAAACAGCUUUAAAUUUAAAAAAUAACGAAUGCAAUGGUAUACUAAACAAUGGUAACAACCCUUCGGUGGAAAAACCGACAUGA